AUGUCGGUAAGUGUAAGGUUAAAAUUGUAGACUGUGACUAGCAUUGUGGAGAGGAAAUCGCCACAGCCAUCUUCCCCUACCCUCUCCCCUCCUCAUUCUCCUCCUCCUGCUCCUCCUCCUCCUCCUGCUCCUGCUCCUCCUCCUCCUCCUCCUCCAUCACGUCAACUUCAUGUUCCCCACUCGCUCUCCUUUCAGCCUUCUACCAAUGGGUGCCCUUCUGCCUCUCCAUCCAAGCCAUGCUCUUCUACCUACCCCACCUCAUCUGGCAGGCUCUUGCCAUCAACAGCCUCGGCGACAACCUGGAAUGCCUCCUGACCAGAGACAAGAAGGCCAAUCAGGUGGAUGAUCGCGACGCCCGCCAGAAACUCGUCAACGCCUGUGCAAACCACCUCUCUCAGCUGUCUCGUCAGCACGCCGACAACCGCAACAACACCUGGUCCGCCCUCCAACACCACCUCUCCCGCAUUCCCGGUGGACGUCUCUUCAUCGUGGGCAAGCGGAUGGGCAAUCGUAUCGCCUUCCUCUACCUCCUAGUGAAGCUGCUCUACAUCGCCAAUGCAUUCGGCCAGCUCUUCAUGAUCAUGAAAUUCCUGGGACAUCGCGAUCUGAACAUGGCGACGUUUGCCCAGGAUCUCUUCAACAUCCUCAAAUCGAUACGUGAGUGGGGUGGCAGUGAGUUCUUCCCUCGACAAUCCUUUGUCCUGUGA